AUGUCCGUGCCGCUCAUCAACCUGGUGAAGACGCCAGGAGACGGGGCGCUGAUCGCCUUCCACGCCUGUCUGGCGACGAGUAGCGUCGCGAGCAACUCGCUGCUGCUGCUCACGCUGCUCUGCUCACCGGUGCUCCUGAAAAGAAACAACUACCUGUACACGCUGAGCAUCACCGUCAGCGAUUUAAUCGCCGGAGCCGGCUGGUUCUACCUCGGUCUGUACGACGUGAGUCAAGAGUUAGAGGCGUACGAUAGUCCCCUGCGGGUGCUGGCAACGGUCCACGGCAUAUCUCUCGUCACAAUUGUGGCCGCCAUGGUGGACAGGUACCUCGCUGUGAAGCACCCGUUCAAGUACCUGCAGAAGAUGACCAGGACCAAGGUCGUGAUCGUGAUCGCGCUCACCUGGGCGUGGCCCGCCCUGUCGAUUAUCGUGCGCCUAAUCUUCCCCAGCGGUAACGGUCAAACAAGUCAAGGGUAUGUCACGUUAAUCUUCUUGGCCGGCAUGUUUGGGGUGAUGGUGAUUUUGAACGUCAGACUCUACAUCGUCACCAGUAAACAGCAAAACAGGGAGCCACACACUGGCAGGGAGUACAAGCACCGCUCUGCUUGGCUCAUCAUCGUUGCGUCUUCACUGUUUAUCGCUCUGUGGACUCCGAACAUAGUCCACUUGUCCAUCUGCUUUGCCUUUAGACGGUGCUUUUCAAGUCAAAACAUUGCCAACAACCCUCUCUCUAUCUUGCGCAUCUUGAACACACUCACCACACCGCUCAUAUUCAUGUUUGGAAGUCCAAUGACCAGAACCUCGCUCAAGGCCUUACUGCAACGCUUGAGAUUUAAAAGGUAA